AUGGGCCACAUGGAAGAGAUUAAAGAUAAUGUUACAGCUAGACCCACGUUUUAUUUACCACAUCAUGCUGUCAUCAAAUCGUCCACUUUAACAACGGUGGUCAGACGUCGUUUUUGGCCUAUUAAGGGCAGAGUAAUAGCUCGCUCAAUUUUCCGUAGAUGUAUUCAAUGUAUUAAGGCCAAGCCUAUUCGAUACUCCAAUAGAAUAAGAGGAAGACCUAGCAAAAAGGCAUGGAUUGCGAUUUUUGUAUGUUUUUCAAUCAAGGCUAUUCACCCAAAAGCAGUAGAAGACAUGACAAGUGCUGCAUUUUUGGCUGCUCUACGCAGAUUUAUAUCAAGGCGUGGGAAGCCAUCGACUAUGUGGAGCGACAAUGGAACGAAUUUUGUUGGAGCAGAAAGAGAGUUAUCUGAAUGCUUACUAAACGUGGCAAAAAAUCUAGCAAAUGAAGGUGUAACAUGGCACUUCAACCCACCAUCGGCACCACACUUUGGUGGGCUUUGGGAAAGUGGCGUAAAAAGUGCGAAAUAUCAUUUACUACGCGUACUAAAGGAAGGUAGCCCAACGUACAGUGAACUGGAAACGUUAUUAUGCCAGGUAGAGGCCUGUCUCAAUUCUAGACCACUCACGCCCAUGAGCAGUGAUCCAUUCGACAUGGACCCUUUAACUCCGGCGCACUUUCUCAUUGGUGGUCCUAUGUUUUUUCAUCCAGAACCCGAUCUAUCGAAUGAAAGCCCUAACAAAUUGUCAAAAUGGAAAUCUGUACAAGGCCUAAUGCAAACAUUUUGGAAGAGGUGGCACAUUGAAUAUCUGCCACAGUUACAAGUGCGUGGUAAGUGGACUGCAGGCUGUAAGCCACUGGAGGUAAAUGAUCUGGUAAUUGUAAAGGAAGACAACAUGCCACCAGCAAGAUGGAAACUGGCACGCAUUACAUGUGUGCACCCAGGGAGCGAUGGACAGAUUCGAGUAGUAACCAUCCGUUUAGCAAAUGGAAAUGAAAUAAAACGUCUCGUUGUAAAGCUCUGCCGUCUACCCGUUGAAGAUGAAGCAUAA